AUGUGGAUUAGCGUAUUUAAAUUUCAUUUUCAUCCCUUAAAAAAAUUUUUAAUCAAAAUUCCUCCAACUUCAACGGUUACUGUUCCUUCGCGCGCACGAGAAUUUUCUGAAGACUUGUUUGCGGACAAUGGAAAACUUAUGUGCCGUUUUUGUGAUCAUAGUAUUAAUUUUCAAACAAAAAAUACAAUUACUGCUCUUAUAGGUUCUAAAACACAUAUUCUAGAUGCAUUUGUAACAGCUGAUAUUCCAUUAGAAAAAAUAGAUAAACUUCAAAAAUUGAUCAUGUUAAUCAACUCAGAAUAUUUUCGUGGCAGACAAGUUUUAAUUAUUAUAGAUGAAACUACAGAUAAAAAUGUUAACAAUUGUACAAUUGGACAACUUUUAAUUCAAACUUUGGUUCAAUGGGGAAUUUCUUUUGAUCUACCACAACUAAUUGCAUCAGACUCUGCGACCUAUAUGAAGAAAUGCUAUCGUGAUGUAUUUCUUAGAGAGGCAUGGAAUACUUGGUUUCGUAUGGCAUUUCAUGUAUAUCAAAAUUUGGAUUAUAUUCGUGGAUUUUAUAAUGAAGAAGGCAAAGUAAAUUCAAUGCCAAUAAUUGAAAAGAUAAAUUCAGCUUUUACAGACCAACAAAUCAAUGGGCAAAAUAAACCAAUGUUUCCAUUUAUUGAACAAAGAUUACAACAGCUUGAAGCACGAAUAACUAUGGGAAAAACUAUGACUAAUGUUGGAUCAACUAUGGAUUUAGUAUUACAAAAAUUUAAUUCUCCUUUAACAGCAUUUUGUCCAGUAUUUCAACAAGCAGCUUACAAAAGACUUGAAGACCAUGUAUUACAACAUCCUGCACGUUCUUUAUUUAGAGCUGUUCAAGUUUUUGACCCACGAUUUUUAUCAUUAACAACUGCUAAUCGAGAUAUCUACUCCUAUAAAAUUAUUAGAGAACUGGCUAAUCCAUCAACAUUUCUUAUUCAAGAAUGGUCAAUUUAUGUCAAUAUAAAUUUAAAUCUUAUAGAAUUUUCUGAAUUAAAUGAAUUUUGA